UUGACUAUUGUAUUUAUUUUACUCUUAUUGAAUUGCAUUAAAUAUAUUCCAAUUUUGAAAUUUAUAAAAUGUUUGAAAAAUUGAAAACUUAAUCUACAUGUUUUCUUAUCUGUUUUGAGGGCACUGAGUGUCAAAUAUAUUUUUGUUCACUUAUUUAUGCAGGUUAUGAUUUUUUUGGUUUUAUUGAAAUGCAGCUAUUAUGCUGCCAUAUUUUCUAAAAUAUAAAGGAAAUGUGUUUCUUUCUUUUCAUGUUUACUUGCAUUUGGUUAUACCGAUGAGAGCCAUAGUAAUCAUGAUUUGUGCAUGUUGUUGUUUCACGGCCUAGUCUCUGUGUCAUCAUAGGUAGAUUAGCUGUCCACUCAUCUGUAGGUGUAAAGACCUAGCAUCUAUAUACAAGAAGUGUUCUGAGCCUCCCCCUUGUGGUGGUUAUCAGGUCCGGCUACCCGAUUUAAGAUGUCGGUUUUUCUAUGGUGGGUAACGGGAACUAGGGAUCUAGUGGACGAUGUGAUGUGCACUUGUAGCUAUGCUCUUAUGAUUAUUUGUGGUAAAUGUCUCUCUAUUUUGGUUCAUACAUGAUGAUAUAUGUUUUGUUUUCAAAGCUAACUAUGCAAGGGUUUUAUUAAAAUUUUGGUUCCUAUGUUAUUAGUUGCUUUCUUACUGGGCUUUAUAAGCUCACCCCCUAUAUCUCUCCCAUUUCGGGAGCCUAGUGACGCGAAUGUGGAUAAGGUGAAUUAUUGAUGGAGCAAAUGUGUUUAGCCUAGUUCUAUUUAGUGUCAUUGUUUUAUCUUUUGGACAUUAUAUAUGUAUAUUUGAUUUGGAACCUAAUGAUCAAUAUAUUUGAAUUAGUUAUGUAAUAGUUAGGAAUGAGAAAUGGUGGAUGCUAAGUAUUAUUUUGAGUGUUUAUGACUUAUUAAAUUUAAUUGUUUGGUGACUACAUAACUGUGAGGAUAUUAUUGUUCUAUAUAUAAUGAUAAAUGAUCAUGCUUUUAUCAUUAAUAUUUUUAUAUACAGUUAUAGGAGUUAUUCCAUUAAUUUGACUUAUAAUUAUAGUACUAUUUAAUAUAAACUAAAUGAUCAUUUAUAAAGACUAUUUUACAACAAGGGUUAAAGUUUGACCUUUAACCACUUAAGUUAUAGAUAUUACAAAUCAGCCACAGCUUAAGGCUCGGGUUGUGACAUUAUAUGUAUGCAUGCAAUGAAUAUUAUUACAAUAACAUAUAAAUUUAAAGAGCAAUGACUUCUUCUUCUUCUUCUUCUUCUCAUGAGCCAUCUGACAACACUAGUGAUUAUCAGAAAACAAACAUCCAUAGUGAGCGCAUUUACAUGGAUCGCAAGCUGUUCCAAGCUGCAACUGAUGGUGAACUUGAAGUCUUCAGGGAAAGACUUGUGUCCAGCACUGUUGAUGCAAGCUAAUGCAAGAGAAGAGACUCCCAUACUCAUGGCAGCAAGGUACGGCCAUCACCACAUUGUUGAUUUUCUAAUUGAACAUGCAAAAUCAUCCCUACCACAAGACCUUGAAGAGGACAUCUCGGGUGUCCAAACGAUGAUAAGGAUGAAGAAUGAGGAAGAGGACACUUCGUUGCACGAGGCUGCGCGGUUCGGGCAUCUUGAGGUUGUGCAGAUAUUGACGAGAGAAGACCCUGAUUUCUCGUAUUCAGCUAAUAAAUCAGGCGAGACUCCACUCUACAUAGUCAUCCAGUGCCGACACCAAGAUUUGGUUAAUGUAAUACUAAAUAAUUGUUUGUCACCAGCUACCGGUGGCCCUAAUGGUAGAACUGCACUACAUGCAGCUUCUACAAAUAUAGGAAUAACAAAAAUGCUUGUGGACAAAGUAGAUUUUUUGACAAAACAAGCAGAUGAUGAUGGUUGUAUUCCACUGCACUAUGUUGCUUUCUUCGACUCAUCAAAUGUGGUGGAGAUUACAAAAAUGUUGCUAGAAAAUAAUGAAAGUAGUGCAUACAUCAAAAAUAAGAAAGGCGUGACAGCUCUUCACAUUGCAGCUUACAAUGAGUAUUAUGGUCAUAAGAUAAUGAAGGAAAUUCUGACAAGAUGUCCAAAUAGCUACGAAGAAGGCAGAAAUGUUCUACACCAUGCUGUGACAACUACAUAUCUCUCCAACGUAAAAUUCAUCAUAGAACAUGCAUCAUCAUUAAUUUUAAAUAUAAAAGAUAAGGAUGGAAAUACCCCCUUGCUUCAUAUGGCUGCCACUUCCUCAUGGAAUCUGCCCAUUCUAAAAGCUUUGUUGUCUCAUCCCCAAGUGAACAGGAUGUCACUCAACAACCAAAACAACAAUAUUCGAGAUGUGUAUAUGCUUCAAUUCCCAAUACGAGAGAAUGCUGGAACUCUUCAAUAAAUACUCCAUACAGCCUUCUGUGGGAAAAUAUGUCCUAGAACUCGAAGUCAAUCGCGAGAAGAUUAAUAAUAUGCAGAAGGAACUCAUUAAAAGAUUUAAAGAAUCCAGUCUAGUUACUUCUACGUUGAUU